AAUAGCAAUCAUAAUAUUUCAUUAUAAUAUAUAUUAUUCAUAAUAUUAUCUAAUUUUCUUAUAUUAUUUCCUGUUUGUUUAGUUCCUGCUGAAUUGGCGGCAUUAUGAUCGAGAAAGGUAAAGAGGUUAUGUUAGAUUAGUUUAACUAUUCCUACACGCUUUGUGUUUAUGUCGUGCGUUGGAAUUAUUUUUGUUAAAAUUCGAUUAUUUAAAAUUAUAGACGAGUGAAACUUAGUUUUUAACAAAUAUGAAACGUUUAUCAGAAGAAAGAACAAAACUUGUGUUCGAAAAAUUAAAAAAAUAUAUUGGAGAAAAUAUAAAAAAUUUGAUAGACCGACCAGAUGGCACAUAUUGUUUUCGUGAAAAGAAGGAUAGAAUAUAUUAUGUUUCAGAAAAGAUUUUAUCAUUAGCACAUACAGUCAGUCCAGAUAAUUUAGUUAGUCUAGGUACAUGCCUGGGAAAGUUUACUAAAUCAGGAAAAUUUAAAUUGCAUAUUACUGCUUUAAAUUAUCUUGCACCAUAUGCUCAACAUAAGCUUUGGGUAAAGUCCUCUGCAGAACAACAAUUUUUAUAUGGACAUCAUGUCUUAAAAUCUGGUUUAGGACGUAUAACAGAGAAUACAGGACAAUACCAAGGUGUAGUUGUUUUUUCUAUGAAUGAUAUACCUCUGGGAUUUGGUGUAAUGGCUAAAAGCACAUUGGAAUGUAAAAAUGCAGAUCCUAUGGCAACAAUUUGUUUUCAUCAAGCAGAUAUUGGGGAAUAUAUUAGAUCUGAGGAUACAUUACUAUAAUUUCUAAGUGUCUAAAUAAUUUCCUUGUAUAUAAAUAUUAAGAAGUUACAUUUAUAUAUAUGUACAUUUGUAUUUUAUAUAAAAAUGAGUAAGUAAAUA